CUUUGCAGUUUGCAAUGGGAUCCAAGCUGUCAGUAGAUGAUUCGAUUCGCGUUGUGAUAGUUGGAGGGGGUUUUGGUGGCGUGGCAGCUGCCAAUCAUCUGAAAUCUUGGGGGGUCCCAUUUAUUCUCGUGGACAUGAGAGAUGCUUUCCACCACAAUGUCGCUGCCCUCCGGGCCGCCGUUGACAGCGGGUUUGCACCAAAAACAUUCAUCUCCUAUUCAGUAACGUUUGGAGACAGUUUCCGGCAAGCCAAAGUGCUUAGCAUUGACUUGGCAAAACAGCACGUACUGCUGCAUGAUGGUGAAGAACUCUCCUUUUCUCAUCUUAUCCUUGCCACGGGGAGUGACGGACCUUUCCCUGGGAAAUUUAACCAUAUUGUUGACAGGCAAUCAGCUAUUCAGACCUACGAGGACAUGGUCAAGGAGAUUCAGAAAGCUCCUCGCUUAGUCGUUGUGGGUGGUGGUUCAGCUGGUGUCGAGAUGGCAGCAGAGAUUAAGACGGAGUAUCCCGCCAAAGAGGUCACACUCAUUCAUUCAAAAAUUGCAUUGGCGGAUGUAGAACUCCUCCCCAGCGUUCGGCAGAAGGUGAAGGAGAUUCUUAUCCAGAAGGGAGUACAUAUCUUGUUGAGUGAGAGAGUUUCCAAUCUGCCUUUGCUGACUUUAAACCAAUUCAGGGAGAAUAUGACCGUGAAGACUGAUAAAGGGACAGAGAUUGCUACUGACAUGGUGAUUCUCUGCACUGGAAUAAAGGUCAAUUCAUCAGCAUACAGCAGCGUAUUCCAUGACAAGCUGGCAAGUGAUGGAGCUUUGGAAGUUAAUGAACACCUCCAGGUGAAAGGAUAUGAUAACAUCUAUGCCAUUGGUGACUGUGCUCAUGUCAGGGAACCAAAGUUGGCAUACCAUGCUGGGCUUCAUGCAAACAUUGUGGUGACCAACAUCAUCAACAGCCUGACACAAAAACCUCUGAAAACCUACAAGCCAGGAUCACUUACCUUCCUGCUUUCAAUGGGAAGGAAUGAUGGAGUGGGUCAGAUUAAUGGCUACUACGUGGGAUGUUUCAUAGUGACUGUCAUCAAAAGCAGGGAUCUUUUCGUCUCAAAGAGUUGGAAGGAGAUGGGACAAAGAAUGCCUUGCUAAGAUGCAA